UUUAUUUAUUAAUGGGCGAAAUCUAACGUUCAAAAAUUUCUUCGAACAACUGCCUGUCAACAACGACGAAGUAGUGUGCAGAUACAAGGAAGAUUCUUGUAGUGGGUAUUUUUGCCACAGUGCAAUAUUUUCAAGAGAUAGCAAUUUCAAGAUGCAUGACUCUUGUCCCAUUUGCAGGAAUUAUUUGGACGUCAAAAGGAAUAAACAGCUCUACUUGACUAUGGACCCGGCCGUGCAGAGGGCCAUCGCCGAGGGCAUCAUCACUGCAGUCGUCGGGACCAACAACUUCAGGUGCUCGCUGUGCCCGGGGACCUACAGCGGAGACGUCCCGGCCAGGCAGCAUCUGGGCGGGAGGGAGCACGCGAACAACGGCGCCGCCUACAUCCUCGCCCACCCGUCGGACAAGAGGCAGUCUCUAAGGAAACUGGUGAGUGUCCGGCUCCUGGCAGCGGCGGAGAGGAACGAGGUGCGGGGGAUGCGGUGCAGGAUCUGCGGGUUGGAUUUCCAAGGCGCGGCGCCCUUGGAGCAGCACGUGGCGGGGAGUAACCAUGCGAAGAAGUGCCGGGCGGCGGGGAUCCCUGAGGGCGCGGCGGCCACGGCGAGGGCAGGCGUCCAGCAAGUGCAGCCGACUAUUUCUCCUCUCGCUGCCCACUACGACAGCAAUGGACCCAUUGAGUGUGGCUUGUGCAAGGUUCAGUGCACAGGCAAGCAAUCCUACGAUCAACACGUCAAAGGCGACAAACACCGGAAAAAGGCCUUAGCCCUGGGUCUGCAGAUAGGAGCUUCCGUUAGCAUUACACCGAAGACUAUUUCUCCUCUCGCUGCCCACUACGACAGCAAUGGACCCAUUGAGUGUGGCUUGUGCAAGGUUCAGUGCACAGGCAAGCAAUCCUACGAUGAACACCUCAAAGGCGACAAACACCGGAAAAAGGCAAUGGCUUUGGAUCUCGAGAUGAGAGCAAAGAAGGCAACAUCGGCAUUUGCAGUACCUGCAGCCUCUACAAAACCCUUAGUGCAAGCAACAUCGGCAUUUGCAGUACCUGCAGCCUCUACAAAACCCUUAGUGCAAGCAACAUCGGCAUUUGCAGUACCUGCAGCCUCUACAAAACCCUUAGUGCAAGCAACAUCGGCAUUUGCAGUACCUGCAGCCUCUACAAAACCCUUAGUGCAAGCAACAUCGGCAUUUGCAGUACCUGCAGCCUCUACAAAACCCGUAGUGCAAGCAACAUCGGCAUUUGCAGUACCUGCAGCCUCUACAAAACCCUUAGUACAAGCAACAUCGGCAUUUGCAGUACCUACAGCCUCUACAAAACCCUUAGUGCAAGUAAGAGCAAUUUCGUAUCCUACUUCUACAUAUGGUUGAUGGACAGGAGAGAAAAUGCGAGAGAGAGAGAAAGUGAGCGAGAGAGAGUCGAGAUAGAGAGUCAAGAUAGAGAGAAGGGAUAGAGAGGAAGGAUAGAGAGUCGAGAUAGAGAGGAGAGAGAGAGGGGAGAUAGAGAGGAGAGAGAGAAUCGAGAUAGAGAGGAUGGAUAGAGAGUCGAAAU